AUGCCAUCCCGCCCUCUCCCGUCCUCCGCGAAAACCCGUAUAACCCAAGAUGACCUAGCCUUCUCUUCCGAUGUAAGCGAGGAAGAAGCGGACGUAAAACCCUUCAUACCCAAGCGCGAACUUCAUUCCCCUUCACCUGCACCUCCCGCGGCGGUUGGAUCACGAUCUCGACCUCUCGCUCGGCGCGCUCUGCUGGUCGCAUCGCCCUCACCUUCUCUUUCGCCCGUACCUGCACCGGCACCGGCACCCGCAUCUUCGCGUGUUAUCGUUGCCAGAUCCAGGUCCAGGUCGAAUCGAGGGAUAUCGAUCCCUAUCCCUGCUCAACCGGAUGAACCUGCCCCUCCACUCCCUCUUCCUCCUUCCAAUCCACCACGUAUCAACCGGGUCUCACAUACCGCCCGGCGUCCUACCCACCUUAUCGUCGAUAGUCCGGAAUCCACCGCCGGAUCGAGCGUCUCGUCAGGGGGUGCUUCUCCGACCGGCGCGGGAACCGGAGCGGCAGGGGAUGGCAUAGGUAACGGAAAGUUACGUCGGGCUAUACCUGUUCCUCUAGCUCAGGCUAGCCAGAGCUCCUCCGACUCAUCCAUCAUGGCCCUGGACGACGAGCAAGUCGCGGCGCUCAGUCCAUCCACGAGGGAAGGAAGGCGGUAUACGCGUGCGGAGAAGGGGAAGGGACGCGCGGUGGUGGAUGCGGAAGUGGAGGUGUUGCCGAAAGGGGUCGGGAUGAAGCGGAAGAAUGGGGGCGAGCAGGGUGGGCGGGAAGGGAAGCGGACGGCGAUGGCGGGUGGGCGGGGAGGAGAGGAGGAGGUGGAUGAGUUGGAUAGUACGGAUGAGGAGGAGGUUGAGGAGGAGGAAGAGGGUCAAGGGAUGGAGGAUCUUGCCUGUCCUGUUUGUUUCGACAGCAUGAGUCGACCUGUGUCCACACUAUGCGGCCACGCCUUCUGCGCCAACUGCCUACAUGGCACCCUCCUCUCCGCCAUUGGGCGAUCCGCCAAUCCCCUUCCCCUGUCCUACCCCGGCCCCGGCCCCGCCCGUCCCCCAGCUCGACCACGCGCCACCCACACCCGCGCCAAACACAAGACUGACCCCGUCCACAACCCUCUACCCGAAUCGACCGAUGCGCAGCCGUACGAAUGGAGCAUGACGACGCUGCAGGCGCACGUCGUGCGCGAGCGGCAGAAGAGGCGGGAAGAGAUGGAGCGGGCGGCGGAACGGCAGUUUGAGGCGGCGGGGAUGGAGCGGGAGAAUUGGGAGGCGGCCAAGAUGGGAUUGGGGAUUACGGGGGAGGGCGCGCAGGAUCCAGAGGGGGGGAAGGGGCUCGUUGUGGAGUUGUUGAAGGGGCUGUGGAGGAUCCCGGGGGGUGUGGUCAUUGAGGGAGAGUGCCCGGUGUGCAGAAACGCUAUACCGGGUGGAAUGGGGCCGAUGGGGAGUGGAGUGGGAAGUGUCACACCGCUGACUUCCUGGUUGGAAGUACGAUGA